AUUCAUCACCGGCGACGAGGGAGAGAGAAAACGGUGCACAAGGAAACGAGGUGCAAGAAGAUGACUACAUGGGUGACCUUUCUCAGUUUCUUCCUUCCGAUGCUUUGGACACUCCCAAGAUUUCUUCAUCCAAAAAGUUACCAUACAAAGUGAUGCUAAAUCACUUUAUUUCAUGCAGAUUUCCAUCAAGAAAGAUCCUUCGGUCAACCCUUCAAGGAACCGGUUGAAAACUCUAAGCUGGCAAGAGCGACGAAAACUUGAUAGAGAAAGGAAGCAACAAGACGAGGAUGAGCAAACAUUAGCAAAAGUGGAAGCUCCAAUACCACAAUCCAACAUUGGGUUUAAGCUUCUCAAACAGAUGGGUUACACUCCAGGUUCUGCCCUUGGCAAGCAGGGCUCAGGCAGGGCCGAACCAGUGGGGAUUGAAAUUCGGCGGUCACGAGCUGGUGUAGGAUUAGAAGAUCCCCACAAAGAGAAGAGGAAAAAGGAGGAAAUCAUGUUGAACAGGAAAAGGAGGAAAGAAGAGGACCUAAUGAAAGAAUUUGGGUCCAGGCAGAAGUCACAGUGGCAGAGUAAGAGAAUUAUAAUUAAUUAUAAUAAGGCAAAGGCUGCCCUUGACCAAUUGGAAAAUAGGGAAAUUUUGGAGCCAGAAAAGAAUGAUGAUGAUUCAGAGGUUGAAGAAGAAGAGGAAGAAAUAACAGAAGAGGAAUUAAACGAUGUUUUGAUGAAACUGAGGGAUGAAUUUAAUUAUUGCCUCUUCUGUGGAUGCAAAUACGAAUCAAGUGAAGCCCUUUUGGACAACUGCCCUGGAACCAAUGAAGAUGACCACUAAAUUGAAGAUUUCUGAUGUGAACAGUGGACAUUAUCAGAUUUGUUGUGUUGUCAAGCAAGUACUGCAAGCUUUCAAUGCUUACUUCAAUGGAGCUGGAUUAGCUUCCAUCUGGUGUGGCGGUGGUAGAUAAAUGGAUUUGUAAUGCUUUUUGUGUCAAUGUUCAUAUGAACUCAGAUAGGAGUCUGCCUCAUCUUCAUCUACACCAAAGGACAUAGUGCCUGCCAUAUUUCAGGAAAUGGAUUGGUUGAUAUACAAUUUGUGAAACUUUUCAGUUCAUGUAAACAAAUUUCAGUUGUUUAAGCAGAAAAGUUUAAAUUUUAGAAUCCAUAUAUAAAGAUUGUGACCUGACUUGAACAUGACAUGGAUGUUACAUAGUAUCAACCAGAUGUAUGGUUGUUAUUAA